ACUCUCCCCAAGGAGACAGCACAGCGUAAGACAUCUAGCACUGGUCAGAUUAAGACUUUACUUUAACCAGUUCCCUUGGCUUUCCUGUUGUUCUGUACAUACUGCAUUUUCUCAGCAUUUAAUGAGAUUUUAACACCCUGGUGUGUACCUUUUUCUGCCUACAAAAAAUAGACAAGCCCUAUUUCCUGCCUUGCUGAGGAUCUUCAAUCUAAACAUUGCUGAGAAGAAUUCCAGGGAGGCUCAUCCAUAAUUUGAGAAAUAAUGAAUAAAUACAAGAAAAUUGUUCUUAUAAAAGGAUUCGAAGUCAUGGAUGACUACCAUUUUAGGACAAUCAAGUCCUUACUAAGAAAAGAAUUAAAUCUAUCUAAAAAGAUGCAAGAUGAUUAUGACAGAAUUCAGAUUUCUGACCUGAUGGAGGAUACAUUCCCAAAAGACGCUGGACUGGACAAACUGAUAGAAGUGUGUCAAAGCAUUAAAGAACUUCAAGAUCUUGUGAAAAAUCUUAAAACAGAGAAGGCAAAAGUAAAACCAAAAAACACACAGGAAAAAAAGAGACAAGAAGUAAGCUCUGCUACACCUACAUCAACUACAAGCAACACUGUAGCAUCUGACGGAGGACAGACAUCCACAGCUCAGAAAAGAAGAAGUGUGGAUAAAGGAAAGACUGGAAUGAAGAAGACCAAGAGGUCUGAGGGGCCAGAUCACCUUCUCUGCCCUGGAGAAGGCACAGCCAGAUGCCAGUCCCCGGGUCUCCAGGUCUCGUCUUCGGCUCCAUCCAGCACUUCCAUGGCUAAGAACCAAAACACACAGACCCCAAACCAGAGCAUUACCAGAGGUGCUGUUCUCCUAAAGGAUCCCAUGACAGUGGUGGUGCUCAGUGCAACAGACCCAUUUGAGUAUGAGUCAUCGGAACAUGGAGUGAAGAACAUGUUUCAUGCUACAGUGGCUACUGUGGACCAGUAUUUCCAUGUGAAAGUUUUCAACAUCAACCUGAAAGAAAAGUUCACAAAAGAUAAUUUCAUCAUAAUCUCCAAUUACUUGAAGUUCAAAGGAAUCCUAGAUAUUAAAGAAUCUUCCACUGUGAUAGAAGCUGGUCCUGACCAAAAGAUUGAAGUCCCCAAUAAGGUUAUCCGAAAGGCAAAUCAAUCUCCCAAGAUUUCAGAUAUUCACAAGAAUGUACCUGGAACACUGGUUUAUGGGUUAUUUAUGUUACACAAGAAAAAGGUGAAUCCAAAAAACACAAUCUACGAAAUAAAAGAUGAUACAGGAAAUAUAGAAGUUAUAGGGAAUGGAAAAUGGUACAACAUCAACUGUGAGGAAGGAGAUAAACUUCGACUCUUCUGCUUUCAACUCAAAACAAUUGACAAGCAGCCAAAAUUGGUGUGUGGCGAUCACAGUUUCAUUAAGGUCACCAAGGCUGCGAAUAAAAAGAAAGUAUCCACUGCCAACUUGAACCCAAAAAAUGAAGAAGGAAGUGGCUACCCACAAGUCCAAUUCAGUGUUUUUAACAGUGGAGCUUUUAAAAUAGAGACACCAACCAAUUGGAAAUAAACAAUAGCUUUUAGCAUUACAUUCAAGAAUUUAAUAGUUUUCAUAUCUGAUUUGUGACUAUGUAUUUUCAUUUAAAAUGUCUUAUUCUGUUUUUCUAUGAAAAUUACACUUGAAUUAAAUUUCUCUUGUGUAGACAUAAUAAAAAUUUCUUUUUAAUAGGGUACCAUCAUUCAGACUAAGCAGUCGUCCACAGUAUGGGUAAAGAUUUUUUACCAACUGCAUUUCUAAUAAAUGGCUGAUAGCCAAAAUCAAUAAAGAACUAAAAAAAACUAGAUAAUCAAGGAAACAAAUACCCUAUUUGAAAAAUGGGAUAAAGAUCUAAACAGAGAAUUCUCAAAAGAGGAAACUCAGAAGGCUGAGAAACUCUUAAAGAAAUGUUCAACAUCCUGAGCCAUCAGGGUAUUGCAAAUCAAAACUAUUUUGACAUUUCAUCUUAAGUCUGUCUGAAUGGCUAAGAUCAGUAAAACAAGUGAGAGCUCAUUGCUGGUGGAAUGCCAACUUCUGUCAGUCCUCUUUUAAACACUCUCAAUGAAACUCACAAUUUUUGCUGUUUUUGUCUGAGGAGCCUUUUCCAGACUCAAAAGCAUAAGAUGUUAUCCUUGGUUCUCUUUAGAAAGUUUGUAGGCGAUUUCUUUUUCUUUUAGACUAUUAUCUGUGUUUUUCCUUAUUUUAAGAUGUGAAAUGGAUUGUCUUUAAUAUGAAUAUGGAAUUUGUCCCAUUAAAAUGAUUUCUUGGAGAAUAUGCUUGAAUAAACUCCUAUCUCCA